AUGUGCAUGAGAAGCAAUGAUGAUGAUGUCACUAUUGAAGAUAUUAGAAAUGGUGAUACUUUAGGUUGGGAUCAGAACUCUUGGCACUAUGAAGAGAACUCAAAUGAGUUGAGUGUGAAGACACUGGAGUCGUGGCUUGAAAUGAAAUCAGGAGCUGAGCUGAUGAUGAAAACAUGUGGAUACUGCCCUGAGGUCCAGGUGGGGCCGAAGGGCCACAGGGCCAGGUUAUGCCAAGCACACAAACACCAGCUGAGGGAUGGGCAGCACGCAUGGCAGGAGGCAACGAUCGACGACCUGAUGCCUCCAGUGUAUGUGUGGCACGUGCGGGACCCUCAGGGCAGCGGCCCACUCGUGGACCGGUUGAAGAGGUACUACGUGAAGCUGCCUGCGGCAGUGGAGCUGUUCUCGCAGGGCGGUGCACAUGUGGGAGAUGAGUAUCAGAGUAUGAUGAGGUUGGAUGUGGUUUCUCCUGACCGCGAUGAAGUCGAUCUUGUAGCUUGAAAAUUGUACUUGUGUAGCAAUUAGGAGAGGAAAUUGUUCCGAAAAUCAGCAAACGUUU